AGCAGCUGCGCCAAGGCCGGAGUCUGAUCAGCCUCCAGAUGGGCAGCAACCGCGGAGCAUCUCAGUCAGGCAUGACGGGCUAUGUUCGGUGUGUUGCGCAGGAUGGCGGUCCGAACGGGAACGCCAAGGGCUGCGUUUGCGGCUAUCCGGGGAUCCCCGGGGACCCCGGGCACAACGGGGCACCCGGAAGAGACGGCAGGGACGGAUUGCGAGGCGAGAAAGGGGACAUGGGUGGAAUUGGUGCGGUAGGACCAGCGGGAAAAGAAGGACAAAAGGGAGACAUAGGGCCGCCUGGGGCACCUGGUCCAGCGGGGCUCAAGGGAAAAAGGGGGGGCAAUGGAGGCCACGGCACCACUGGCAUUCAGGGGCCAAUGGGUCCUCCGGGUAGGUUGGGGUCUAAAGGGGAAGUGGGCGCUCCAGGCACAAAAGGCGGAGUGGGUCACAGGGGGGAACGGGGGUCUCGAGGAGACAAGGGUGACAAAGGCGAGCAGGGAGAUGCUUGGGUCAUCUCCAAAAGCGCUUUCUCCGUGGGACUCACCACACAGAGCAAACUCCCGACGGCUCAUACGCCCAUCCGGUUUGACAAGAUUAUUUACAACCAACAAAACCAUUAUGAUCCCCAAACCGGAAGGUUCACAUGCUCGGCAGCCGGCGCAUACUUUUUCACCUAUCACAUCACCGUCUUCUCCAGGAAUGUGAAAGUGGCUUUGGUGAAGAACGGUGCCAAGGUGCUUCACACGACAGACAGCUACCAAAGCGGCGAGGACCAGGCGGCCGGGGCCACCGUGCUGCAGCUGGAGCCCGGAGACAAAGUGUGGCUGCAAGUCGUCGGGGGAGAACUUUUUAACGGGCUCUUUGCUGAUGAAGAUGACGACACAACCUUCUCCGGGUUCCUCAUUUUCGGGGCCUAGUUUUGAGUGGAGGAGUUUGUCCUGAAUAAUGUAAGUAAGCAUCAUGGUUUGCAUCAAGGUUCACCUUCACCCCUGCAAAUUUUGAUGUUCAUUCCCUGCAAUUUUCUCACAAUGCUGCGUUAAGGUUUACGCGGGUGACACGGUUGCUGAUGUACAUUUUGAUUUGGAUAAGUUACGUUUGUCCUACAAUACCAAAGCAAUAUAAAACUUGUAUCUUUUAAACCCCAUAAAAUGUUUUUACUAUUUUGAGAGGUCAUUUAUGCCCCAUUGUCAUGUUGAGCUGAACAUAUUUUGGUCUCUUUAUUUUUUUUUUGUAUGGACUUUUUCCCCCCCCCCUCAUUGUUGUAUGUAGGAUCCCCAUGAAAAUGAAAAGGUGUAUCUCAAACGAUGACUGUACUCCUAAUAAUAAAGCAUUUAAAUGUU